UGUUCUAUUUCUUUCUAUAUCUGUGUGGCUACGUCUUCACUGUAGAAAUAAUUUAUAAUUGAAUGGUGCAAAUGUGAACUACGUAGUUAUAAGUACGAUUGACUCAUACAAUAUAUUUUAUACGAUAGCAAGUAUAUGCUAAAACGUAUAUCAAAUGAAAAAUUAAUAUUUUAUUAUUUAUUUAAAAAUCUGAAAUGUAUGUAAAUUACAUAUUUUUUAAAUUUAAUAUAAAUGAAAUUGGUAUAUCAAGGUGGCAGUCAUACUUUUACUUUCAUUACAAAACUGAUUAAAUUAUUCGUUUUAUGUCGAUGAUUGUGAAGUUUACAUAAAGCACAUCUGUAGAUACAACGAAACUUUCAAUAAAAAUCUUUGUUACUUAUUACAUUUGUAAAUAUAUAUCCCGAUCCGUGAUAUUUUUCACGUAUAAUGUUUUUUGUUAGUUCCCUAUCAAGAGUAAAGAAAUUGAACAUUUUUGAAGGUCUAUAAAAUGUAAGAAAAAUUUAUAUACUUAAUUAAAAAAUGAACAAGUUGAACAAUACAAAUAUCAACAUCUCAAAGGUAACAGAUGUAAAAAGAAAUUUGCGACGGAAUCAUGAAGCAGAUAAUCCAUGUUUAAAGGAAUACGAUUUAUCUUUAGAAUGCUUGAGCAAUAAUAAUUAUAUUCGUGAUGCUUGCCAAGCCUACUUCAAUAAUUAUAAAAUUUGUCAGAAGUUCUGGCAAAAAAUAGUGGCUGAUCGUAAACUAAAAGAUAUCAAACCUUAUCUUCCAUCUCCAGAAGAUCGAGAAAAUAUAAAGAACGAAUAUCUCAAAUUUAAUAUUAAAUAGCAAAUAAUCAUGUGUAUGUAUUUACAUACAUUUUAGAAAAAAUGUUUCAGUGACUAUCAUUUAAAUUUACUGAUUUUAAUAAAGUUUGCAUGUACAAAUGUACUAUUUAAAAUAAUAUUGUUAUUACAGCUAAAUUAUGGAUAAUUUUUUAUUAUUAUUGUAAUAAAUUGUAAUAAACUGUAUAAAAUGUAAGAUAUUUUAAGUUUUCUCAACGGUUGAAUAUAUUUUUGUCUAUAUUUACAUUAUACACAUUUUUACUUUAAAAAUAUUGCUUAUUUUGAUCAUAUGUAUUAUAAUUUUUGUUAAUAAAUCUGAAAUUCAUUCAAGAAUUCAUAAAGAUUGAUAAUUAUAAGAAAUAUUGUACUAUUAUAUGACACACUAACAACAAAUCAUAAUAAUUUCUGCAAUUGUAAAAAUUAUAUUAUUAAUACAACAUUAUGUGAAUAAUAAAUACACCUUUUUGCAAAAGUAUACACUUUGGCCUUGGAGUGAAUACAUUUAUAUUUAUACAAUAUCGUAAGUAACAUUUUUUAUCGAUAUCUAUAUAUGUAAUUCAAGAUUAAUGUAUUUAAAAUUUUCUUA